AUGGUCCUCACCCUCAAAGGAACUGUCCCUCCUCCAUACAUAUACUUUGGGUUCAUCAGAGUCGCCACACGACCGUACUAUCCGAGACCACUUCUAUGUUACAAGUGCGGAAAGUACGGGCACUCUAAAAACCGCUGCCCGGAUGCUCCUAUCUGCCUUGACUGCGGUUUCCCUAGCCAUCAUGACCCUUGCCCAAAUCGCCCACUCUGCAUCAAUUGCCGCGGGAAUCAUUCCGCCAAAAACAAGUCGUGCCCCGUAUACAAACAGGAAGAAGCCAUCAUCCGCCUGAAAGUCGACCAUGGCAUCACCCAAACAGAAGCUGCAAAAAUUUACCAGGAACGUGUUAACUACAAUCAAAGACCUCAAAAUAUCCCAAAUGCCGAUUCCGAAAAAGAUAAACGCAUCCGUGACCUUGAACUUCUUGUUACAAAGUUACGUGAAGAACUGGACCAAUUGAAAGGCAACAACAACGACAACGACUCAACACUGGUUACCAUCUCUCCUUCCUCCCAGGAGACCGAGGAUUCUGAAUCUGAUACCGAAGGACAACCAAAAACCCGAACCACCCAGAGCAUCACAUCAACCCCCAAACGAAACCGGAACAAUUGCUCGAUAGAUAGCCCACCAGAAAACACUUCGGAAGCCGGAAACAAAAAAACAAAACGCCCCCAAACGACACCCCCAGAAACACAAGGUAAACCCCCCCCGGCCUUUCCCAAACCAAACGGUAAGUCCACUCAACAUUAA